AUGAAUUUAGAAAAAUCAACACGUGACGUCUUUUAUUUUGAAAAAACCUGUCGGAAGAGACUAGUGAAUUCAUGACAGUAAGCCAUUUCCUCCAUGUCCGCUCUACCAGACGUCGCUCUGGAUGUUAAGAGCCGCUCUAAAACGCUUUCAGAGCAAAUGGAAAUCGUACAGACACAGGUUUGUGCCUUGGGUUGUACUGAACCUGUCUAAAAAUGAGAAGACUCUGCGGCAGGUGAAGGGGCUGUCGAAAGACAAGCUGGUCCCGGAUAAGGAGGUUUCACAGAGCCUGCUGAGGCUUUUCAGAGUCCUGCUCAGGAGCCAUUGGGCUAAUCAUGGAGAGCUCAGAGCAGCUCAAACUCCCUUUCUCAGCCAGGUAACAAGCGAAGAAGACCAGCUUUGUGGAGGAAACCUAGUGUGUGGAGAUGAUGCCAUGUUACAGUCUCUGGGAUUCUGCAUCGCCCGGAAGCCGAGCACUUUGCCCUUUGCAGGAACUGGAGUGUUUGUCACCAAAGGAUUUGUGCGCAAAGGAGCAACAGUUGCCAUGUACCCUGGCACCAUCUAUCAAGCCAAUGAGCCAAUUCUCCUCCAGUCCAUCAGAAACCCCUUUGUAUUCAGGUGUAUUGAUGGUGUCUUGAUUGAUGGCAAUGACAAAAGCAUCUCCAAAAUGGUGUUCAGGUCAUGCAGUGGCAGGGACCGGCUGGGGCCUUUCAUGAUGAGUGACACCAGCUGGCUGACAGACACUCCCCAAAACCCACUUGCUGUUGGUCAGUACGUGAACAACUGCUCAAACGAGAGGCCUGCCAACGUGUGCUACCAGGAGUACGACGUGCCGGACACAUUUCCCAUUGAGCUCCGCCAGUAUCUGCCAAAUGUCAACUACAGCCAUGACACACAGCGGCCUCUACGCUGUGUUGUCCUUGUUUCCCUCAGAGACAUUACAGAAGGGGAGGAACUCUUCUCCAACUACUACACCAUUGUGCAUUAGAGUCGGCGCACACUCAAUUUCGGUUGAAGACAUUAACUAACAAUAUAAACAGAGUGGGAAGAAACAGCAGGGUUCACGUCAUUUCAAAGACGGUGUAUGUCUUGUGUUGCAGAGAUGUCUACUGCAACAUGCUAGCCUCUGCCGGUCCUGUUUCAUAAUCCCAUGCUGUACCUCAGCAGGUGUUAGUGAGGCCCUGUAGCGUCCAGUCUUCCCUCUGUCACCUUGAGAGGAUGAAGAGGUAGUGCCCCGAUGACAAGAAACAGUGUUGGGUAUAAGAAAUAGAAGCCAAAGUAAAUUGAACGCUGGCAUUGCGCUUCAUCUCCGGAGACAGUUUUGGUGAAUAAACCUAUAUAAAUCCCCUUUAAAGAUGCAAUAUGUAAAGGUUAGCCACCUGUUGAAGUUGGACUCCAAACAAAUAGGGGCAGCAUAUCACCAAAGUAGCUAGCUGCUGCUAACUGUAUUCUGUUUAUGACUAUAGCUGCUGUUAGCUUGGUUAGCUAUGGACCUAGCCAGAGAGUUGCUGGGAGAAAAAAGUUUUCAGGCCCAGGGCUAUCCACUUAGCAUGCUAGCUUCAGUAGAUACCUCUUCAACACCAUACAUAGGCAUCUUUGACAUAAUGUCCAAACUGUUAUUUCGUCAUCUUCUUUUGAAAAAUGUAGUUAAUUUCAGCGUGUUUUCAACUAAAAGUAUUUUUAAAUUUUGUCACAAAUUCAAAAAUAAAACCUCUCUCUUUGUACUUUCAGCAUUGCACUGGAAUAAAAGCGAAACAUGUCUUUGAUGGUUUUGUUUAGUAAUAUUUCAGAAACCAAACAGCUCUUUUUCAGACCACAGGGAGGUAUUUAGUAGAAUUUGCAAUUUUGGAAUAUAACAUGAUGGAAAGGUUAUACAUUCAAAAUGUUACAUAACUGACACCCUAAAGAGAAAAAAAACAAAGUAUCAUCAGCUAAAUAUCCUUGAGUAUCUGACGUGUUAUUACUGUUGUAUUAAUGUGUGGGACCUGCUGUGACAGAGGUGGCGUCAUACUGCUCGGUAUAAUCUGCAUGAUGCAUCUUUGUUUUGCAGGUAACAGGAAUUCAAAGAGCAUAAAAUGGAAAAUAAGAACAAUUAUGUAAAACUUACAGGAACACAGAUGAAACCUGGUCAUUAAAAGAUGGCUCCACCAAUUUUACCCGUUAGGUUUUAAUUUUAGGGCUACUUAUCCAUGUGUGAAAUUGUAAAAAAGCCCUCUGGGGCUCCAGAGGAACCUGCAUGUAAUCGGAUAAAUU